AUGUACAGAAUAUUAACCACAAUCUUAAGGAAAAUAUAUCUUAUUCCUUCAGGUAGUGGGUGGAUGUCCAUUUUAUUAUCCAUAACAGGAAGUAUAGUACUAUUACCAUUUGUUUAUUUUGUGAUAAUAUUGAGUUAUAUAGUGAAGUUUCUAGAUAAAUUAUGGUAUAUCAUUAGUUUCUUUUUAUAUAUUGGGGAUAGAGAUACUUUAUUGGAACCACUUAAUGAUUUAGAUUACUUGAUGUGGAGAACUUCUAUGCAUAGUCAGCCUCUUAUAACAUGUUUCUUUGUUAUUGAUAAGAUACCAUUUAAACAGAUACAAAAGGUUUUAAGCAGUAGAAUUAGAUAUAAAGAUGCGUUUGGAGGUUUCUUAGAUAACCAAAAUCAUAUUAAGAAUAAUUCGCGUUUUUUUUGCAUUGUAAAGAGGAUUUUUGGUAGGCUUUGGUUCGUUUAUGUAGAUAAAAAAUAUAAAAUUGAGGAUCAUAUUUUGAAUAUCUCUCCAAAAGUUGCAAGGUUAAUCUUAGAUAAUCCAAGUAUGAUAAAUGAUAACGAAAAAGAAAAUGAAUCUCUUAUAGAUGUUGUACAUCUUUUAAAUAAUAGAAGUACCUAUUAUAAUAGAAAUGGUAAUGUAGAUAUAGGCCCUUUAUCUAGUGAUGAAAUGCGAAGAUUUUAUGGUUUAUUAUCUAACUCUGGUGGAAAGCAGCUUACAACUAAGAAACCGUUAUGGAGAAUUUUAGUUUUGGAUAAUGUAUUAUGGAAAAAUAGAAAUAGCAGUGUGAUAAUUGGGCAGUUCCAUCAUGUCAUUGGAGAUGGAUCAACAUUAUCUCAAUUUGUCAUAAAGACAAUUUUAGAUAAUGAUGAGAAGUGUCCGAAUAUGAGUCAUAAUGCUCAUGUCACUAAAUCUGCUCAGUUUUGGCAUAAGUGGAUUAGUGGUCUUUUAUGGGCAUCCAUUGCAGGUCCUGUAAUUCUCCUUAGGGCAUCUUUAUUGACUCGUAAAGAAAGAUCUUGGGAAUAUCCUACUGAAUUUAGACCUCAAAGAUCCUCUAAUAUUUGUUUAGCAGGUCCAAUAUGUAUUGAACUUACAGAUAUUAAUAAGGUGAAACAUUUCCUUAACAACAGUAUGAAUAGAGAUAAUACUCAAGAAAAUAUGAGGUCAAAGAACUCUAUAGAUAAUCCUAAAAGUAGAACUAUUGAAAGCAAAAAAAAUGAGAUUUCAAAGCAGACACGGUUGAGUUUCUCUAAACGCAUCACAUUUAAUGAUAUUAUCUUAUCAUGUAUAGCUAGUGGUUAUAUAAAGUAUGUGAAACUUCAUAGACAAGGUAGUGAUAGCCCGGCUUCUACAUUAUGCUCUACUCCUGCAUCAACAUUUAUAUCUAGUCCUAUUUCAAGAUUUCAAAUCAGGCAUAAUAAUGAUGAGAUAUCUGCAAUUAAAUCUUAUUGCAAGCCUGCAUACUCGACUAAAUUUGACGAUUUAUCACCUUAUUCAUGUGUUUUAUAUAACGAUAAUAAAGGAAAUUAUUACUAUUCCACUGAAGAAAAAGAAUCAAAUGCUUUAAUAGCUCAUAGUAUUCAUAAUAAUCAAUUAAAUGAGGAUCUUUAUCAAAGUUUUCAUUCAAACCUAAAUGUUGUUGUUACUACAAAUAAUAGAAUUACUCCCCCAAGAAAGUUGGACAAUGAAUUUUCAAUCAUUGUACUACCAAUACCAACAUGCCCUAUGGCCUCUCCCUCAGAAAGACUUAAAUGUGUUUUUGAAUCUCUUCAGGAAUAUCGCAAGACACCUUUACCAAUUAUUUUCAUACGAUAUGUUCAAUAUACACUCUCAUAUUCACCUUGUGUUCUACUAUCUUUAUGGUAUCCCCACUCAAAAUCAUGUUCAUUGUAUUAUAGCUCUGUUCCUGGACCAACUGAACAAUGCAAUUUCCACAAGAAACAAAUCCGUGAUAUGAGCUUUGCUUUACCUUUAACUGAUAACAUUGGCUUGGCUAUAUCCGUAUUUUCAUAUAAAAAUACAGUUUCUAUAUCAGCAUCAUGUGAUACAAAUUCUAUUAGUAAUCCAGAUUUAUUACUUUCUUGUAUUAAAGAGUCAUUUGAAGAGCUCCAAUCUCAUAUAGAGAUAUAA